GAGUGCCUGUGACUGUUCUGGGGACCCUGAUGCUACAUGUGCUGGUCUUCAGCAUAGCUUAACCAGUGGCCUCCUGGAUGGGUACUGAUCGCAUUGCUGAGCUCUCGAGGCGUGCUCUGUGUUGUCAUGAGUUAAACUUCCCAGCCCCACUGUGCAGGACAGAGGCCACGUCCUCACCUCGAGGCAAGUGACAGCAGAGGCCUGAGACCUCAAGGCUAGCCCAGCAGCUGGAAAUGGCAGAGGCCACGGAGUGUAAGACCUGGCAGCGCUGCCUAGGCAGUGUGGUGAAGUGGAAAGGGAAGGACCUGUUCGAUCUCGUAUGCAGGACACUAGGACUCAGAGAAACCUGGUUCUUUGGGCUUCAAUACACUAUCAAGGAUACAGUGGCUUGGCUCAAAAUGGACAAGAAGGUUCUGGAUCACGAUGUUCCAACAGAGGAGCCCGUCACCUUUCACUUCCUGGCCAAAUUUUAUCCUGAGAAUGCAGAGGAGGAACUGGUCCAAGAAAUCACACAGCACUUGUUCUUCCUGCAGGUGAAGAAGCAGAUUUUGGAUGAGAAGAUCUACUGUCCUCCUGAAGCCUCUGUCCUGCUGGCCUCUUACGCCGUCCAAGCCAAGUACGGCGAUUACGAUCCCAACGUCCACAAGCGAGGCUUCUUGGCCCAAGAAGAGUUGCUUCCAAAGCGGGUAAUAAACCUUUACCAGAUGACUCCAGAGAUGUGGGAGGAAAGGAUAACGGCCUGGUACGCAGAGCACCGAGGCAGAGCAAGAGAUGAAGCUGAAAUGGAGUAUUUGAAGAUAGCUCAGGACUUGGAGAUGUAUGGAGUGAACUAUUUUGCGAUUAGGAAUAAAAAGGGCACGGAACUGCUCCUUGGAGUUGAUGCCUUGGGUCUUCACAUUUACGACCCAGACAACAGAUUGACCCCUAAGAUCUCCUUUCCAUGGAAUGAGAUCCGGAAUAUCUCAUACAGCGAUAAAGAGUUUACGAUUAAGCCAUUGGACAAAAAGAUUGAUGUUUUUAAAUUCAAUUCAUCAAAGCUGCGUGUGAAUAAGCUGAUUCUUCAGCUGUGUAUUGGAAACCACGACCUCUUCAUGAGGAGGAGAAAGGCAGACUCGUUGGAGGUCCAGCAGAUGAAAGCACAGGCCAGGGAGGAGAAAGCCAGGAAGCAGAUGGAACGGCAGCGUCUGGCCCGAGAGAAGAAAAUGAGAGAAGAGGCUGAGAGGACGAGGGAUGAGCUGGAGAGAAGAUUGAUGCAGUUAAAGGAAGAGGCAACAAUGGCCAACGAAGCUCUGAUGAGGUCUGAAGAGACAGCAGACUUGCUGGCUGAGAAGGCUCAGAUCACAGAGGAGGAGGCCAAGCUCCUGGCUCAGAAAGCAGCUGAGGCUGAACAGGAGAUGCAGCGAAUCAAAGCCACGGCCAUACGGACGGAGGAGGAGAAGCGUCUGAUGGAACAGAAGGUGCUAGAGGCAGAGAUGUUGGCACUGAAAAUGGCGGAGGAGUCGGAGAGGAGAGCGAAGGAAGCUGAUCAGCUAAAGCAAGACCUUCAGGAGGCUCGCGAGUCUGAGCGGAGAGCAAAGCAGAAGCUUUUGGAGAUCACCAGCAAGUCGUCCUACACACAGUCCAUGAACUCAAGUACAACAACACUGCCUACCGACCUGCCGAGCUUCAACCUCAUCAACGAGAGCCUGUCCUUUGACUUCAAGGAUACGGACAUGAAGAGGCUUUCAAUGGAAAUCGAGAAAGAGAAGGUAGAGUACAUGGAAAAAAGCAAGCACUUGCAGGAGCAGCUGAAUGAACUGAAAACAGAAAUUGAGGCACUGAAGCUAAAGGAGAGAGAGACAGCUCUGGAUAUAUUGCACAACGAGAAUGCCAGCCGAGGCAACAGCAAGCACAACACUAUUAAAAAGCCUCAAGCCCAGGGCAGAAGACCUAUCUGCAUUUGAGACUUCAAACUCACCCUACAGAGCACCAAGUCCCGUGUGGCCUUCUUCGAGGAGCUCUAGGAAGCGACCAGCUGCUCCGCACCGCUGCUGCCUGCCGGCCGGCCCCCCCACCAGCCGGAGCCUCCCCCCAGGACCGGUGUGCCCCGACCAGGGCAGGGGAGCCGGGCAUUGCCCCCCGGCCCCCUCCAGGUGCUGCCAGCCUCUGCACACCGAUGGACUCAAGGCCUGGCUGCCCACGGACUGUGUGAUGUUCUCUAGCUUAGUGUCCAUUCAUCCUCCUCCCUUCUCUUUUUGUUUUUUUUUCCAGCCUUUUUCUUCUUUUUCUAGCAUAGUUUUUUGGCUUGGCCCUCCAGGAUUUCCCCCAGUGCCGGGGUCGGGGCUGUGGCCGUGCCCCCCAGCCCAGCAGUCAGCGGAGGAGCGUGCCGAAGGGUCCCCCCUGGCCGGGGCGCCGUCCGUGUCCUGUGGGAUGCUGAGCUGGGUGCCAGCGGUGCUGGCAGUGCCGGGAGCCCCAUUAGGCACCCAGAGCAUGUCCUAGUAGAGUGCUGUAAAUCAGGGGCCGUCGCGCCGGCUCUCCCCACGCCCAGGGAGGCAGGCGGGCAGGCAGCGGGAUGGCAGCGGCUGCAGGGACCUCGGGCUGUGGGGGUGAGGGCUGCUGCUUCGCCAGGGAGAGGAGGCAGGGGCAGGGCGUGGGGAGGAAGGUUUCAUCCUCCUCCUCGUUUCUGGUAAGGAGCAGGCGAACAGCUAGUGCCAACCAAAUUAAACCUUUUUUUUUUUUUUUCCUGCUAACUGUGACAAACCUGGGCAGCUUGAGACCGGGGGGUGUCCCUGGGGGCUCAGGGCUGGGCUUUUGCUGCAUGCCCAGGUCCAGCACCCCUGAAUAUAAUGUGGGCCAGCCCCCAGCUCCUCCCCGGGCUCUGUGUCCUGGCAGGUGAGCGCUGGGGCUGCCUGCUCCUGCCUGGCCUUAACAAGGUGCCUUUGUUCACAGCUCUGACCCCCUGGCCGUGGCCACGGGGAAACGGGGAUGCCCUGACCUUUCCUUCGUGUCUCCGUCCCAAACCCUGCCCUCCGCUCAGGGGGAAACCUCCUCCCAGCUGCGAUUUACCCUUUAACGGAGCCGGUGCUGCCCUGGGCAUCUCCCACAUCCUCUUGAGACCCCCAAUUCCUCCCUCCCACAACCUCAGCUGACCUACAGCCACACCAGAGUCAGUCGGAGGGUCAACCCGGGGCUUGGUGUGUAGUAGAUCGUGUCCUGAACCCUUUUAAUUUAAAACCAGUGCUGCCUCGGAUCGACACCCCACACGUGGCUGCGAUUCGGGUGGCUGUGGCCUGGCACAGCCGCUUUCCCGUUCCCCUGGACUGUUGUACUCAGAAGAAAUAAUGGUUUUCUCCUUUGUUUUAAUAAAAAUUCAAAGCACUAAGAGGG